UCCAGUAGGUGGCGCCAGCUGCACCAACUCUCAGCCAGACCGCGAGACAUGUGGCUGAGACUUUCUGAAAGCUACGCUUCGUUUUUAGCCAAAAACUAUUCCCGGGUAGUGCGAUUCGUCGGCACUUCGUAGCAGCAGUUUGGACGCCAUAACCAGUUCACUAGGUGCAAACCAGCCGCAGCAGCACUCAAAGUGGUGAUCAGGACAGCCCCGGGCGGACAUGACUGGAGCUGGAAGUGGCGGCCAGGGCCCGCCUGAUGGGACGGAUGCUGAGGAGGCGGAGAGGUGUCCUAUCUGCCUGGGCGUCCUGGCUGGAGGCGAGCUCGCCAUGCCCGACAGCUGCUGCCACGUCUUCUGCCUCCGAUGCCUCCUCACAUGGGCAGAGAUGGCUCCUUCCUGCCCGGUGGACAGACGACCUUUCACUAAUGUUUACAGAUGGGACGGGAAUCUCAGCUGUGUGCAGGCAGAAUUUCCAUCCCACUGGUUGGAACCACAGCCCAUUUCCAUUAGGACUCAUUGGCUCAUCUCCCUUUUCCUCCAACUCACUGUUUGGCCCUGGUCAUUUUGUAUUUCAAGGUGUUGUCUGCGCCAUCACGUGUCCCAAAGGAGGAGAGAAGAGAGGUGGCCGAGCUUCAACCUCCAAAGCUCCCACCAAAGAGGCCGAGUCUCUACCAGCCAGGCGGUCUGGACGCAACAAUAAAACCCAGGAAGAGGCUCCAGCAUCUGACCCACCAUCACCGCCGCAGCCCAGCUCGUCAGACUCUGACUCAUCUACCGGCCAGCCCACCAGACCGGGCCGGGCUUCUCAGGCGCCAGCCAAGAGGAAGGGCAAACAGGUAACAAACCGAAAGGCCAGUGGGAAAAGGAAAGCCACAGCAAGAAAAAAACGUUCUCCUGAAGUCGUUAACAGCCCGGCAGCAAGUGAGGAGGAGGAAGAGGGAGAUGGGGACGACAACAUGGAGAAGGAGGAGGAAAAAGACAAAACUGAUCAGGAGCAGGAUUUGAACAACUCAGAGCAGCCGCAGUCUGACGCUGAAGGGAGCCACAAUGAAGACCAGGACGGUUUCAACUCUGCUGAUGAGCGAGGAGGCGCCGAAGCUUUGAGUAACGACAUGGGACAGGACAGCGAUGUAACUCAGGAACAAUCUAAUGAACAUGAACAGAAACCGGAUGAGGGAGGCGAUGACCUGUCUUGUCGCUCAGACUCGGCUCACAACAGCCCCGGUUCGUGUUCUGAGGGCGACCAGGGGAGGGAGGACGAAGAGCCGCCAAGCCCCGUUUCCUCUGAAGAAAAAGAAGAUGAGAAAAGGGCUUCACUAUCCCCCUCCGACUCUCACAGCGCUCUGCUGGACAACCUGAUGUCUCCACACUGUGAUGAGCAGGAUGAUAACAUGGAGGUCUGCGAGUCAGAAGAAUUUAACAAUGAAGACUCAAAGGAAGUGAAGCCUGAAUCAUGUGAGAAUUCCCCACAACCGGCUUCCCCCUCUGCCGGAGAGUCAGAAGAUGAUUUAGCUGUCCCAGAAUCCAAAGCUUCCGAGGGCGUUGAUACAGAAAAGCUUGAAUCAGAGGAGCGCUCAGUGGCUGACAGCUCUGUGGAAGGAACCAAGGAUGACAGUCAAUCCAAGGAUGACAAUGAAGUUGUUGCCAUGGACUGCAGUUCACCCAUCAGCGAGCAUGAUAAGGAUCCUGUUUUCGAGCUACCAAAGGAGAGUGCUGCCCCAGCUGCUGCAGAACCUCAUGCUUCUGAAAGCCAAGUCGCCAAGGACGAGAGCCGCAAGGACCAACGCGAGAGAGAGAGGAGUCAAGAGAGGAAGAAUGGCAGACAGCGGCGCUCUCGCUUCCACUCCCCAACCUCUACUUGGUCACCUAAGAGGGACUCCAAGCAAGAACCAUCGAGACGCUCACGCUCGCGGUCUAGAGAACGUGAUGGCAGCCCGCCCUCGAGCCGCUCGUCCCGAGCUCGCAGCAGAGAAAGAGACAGGGACCGGGACGCAGAGAGAGACUAUUCUAGGAGGGAGCGUAGUCGUGAAAGGAGGAGGCGGCGAUCCAGGAGCCGCUCCAGGUCCAAGUCCCGGUCUCGGUCCAGGUCCAGGUCGCGUUCCAGAACAAGGUCCUACAGGCGAGCUUCAAGCCCUGAACGACCGACCUCGAGAGAGCAGUCUCCCCAGAGGAAGGAGCGUAGAGGGGGCUGGAGGUCUGGGCAGGGCAGCGGGUCUGGUGGUGAGGGACGGAGGCAUCACGGAGGCGCUGGGCGCUUUGAAAAUGGUGUGCCUACAGAAAGUUCCCCUGAACGCCAGGGCUGGUCGGAAAAUCCUGACUGGGUCACAGAAAAGAGUCGCAGUGAUGCCGAUGGCAGGAACCGGGACUCAACCUCCAGUGGCGGCUCACGCUGGGAAGACACCCGCAACAGUGGUGGGAACAGAGGAGAGGCAAGGGGCCGCGGGGGCCGCGGAGGGUUCGAACGCGGCCGGGGUGCGGGCCGCGGUGGCAGCAACCGUAGCUUUUACAACCAGCAAGAGGAAACGUCCGACAGCCGCUGGCAGCCCAGAAACAACUUCUCAGGUACAGGCAACAAUUCAGGGAAUGACGCGUACAGCCGCUUCAAUGAAAACCGGGGCGGUGGCCGAAGGAAAGAGUCGGACCCGGGAGACUCUAUGCUCGACCGGUCAGGCUGGUCAUCGGCAUCCAGCUGGGCUGUUAGGAGGACGCUACCCGCAGACGUUCAGGAUUAUUACUCCAAGAGGGAGAGAGGAGGACCAGGAGGCUGGAACCGACAAGAGGAGGAGCAGCCGGCAGCAGCAGCAGCAGCAGCAGCAGCAGCAGAUCCCCCUAAAAGCGAGCCUCCUCCCCAAGCCGUCCCGGGUAACGCUCCGGUUCCUGUGAUGAACGUGAUUCCUCCUCAGCUGAAUGUUCUUCACCAAUACCCCAUGCAGGGCCCGCGAGGAGCCCUGCCGGUCAGCUUGCAGCCCGCAGCACCAUACGCCAUGCCUCCUCAGGUCCCCGUGCACCUCCACCCUGCCGUACCACUGCUUCAGGUCCCCGCUGUCGGCGCUCAGGGCCUCCCCCCGCCUCCCCCACCCCUUCCACCCAUGGCACCAAGGCAGCCAGACAGCAGCCAGCUCAGCCUGGAUGGCUAUGCGACACAGGUUAUUGGCUGUAUUAUGUAG